AUGUCCAAGCACCCCGACUUCGACAAGGUCCAAGCCUCACGCCCAGACUGGCGCGAGGGCGCUGAAGUCGGCUACACCAAGUCCCCCAACCCCACAUGGAAGAGCGGCGAUGGCGCAAAUGACAACGGCGAAAGCCUGAAGAAGAAUCACGUCGAAAUCGAUCCUCAUGAGGAAGGCCGGACCGCUGCGAGCAAUUAUAAACUUCUGAUUUCGGGUAUGGUGCCUCGACCCAUUGCCUUGAUCAGCACCCGCUCUGCGGAUGGCAAGUACACGAACCUGGCGCCGUUCAGUUACUCCCAGGUCGUCUGUCAUGAUCCGCCUCUCUUCGUCGUUGGAUUCUCUGGCUCGCUGGAGAAGGCCAAGGAUACAUUGAGGAAUCUGGCGGAGACCAAGGAGUGCGUGGUCAAUAUCAUCUCGGAGCAUUUCAUCGAGGCUGCGAACUCUACUUGUAUCAAUGUUCCCUACGGUACGUCGGAAUGGGAUAUUUCCGGAUUGCACCAGGCUCCUAGCGCAGUCGUCCAGCCAGCCCGCGUAAAGGAAUCGGUCUUGUCGAUUGAGGCUAAACUUGUCGAGUUGAGGGAAUUUGAGAGUCGCGCUACACCUGGGAAGAAGUCUGGCUGCAUGGCUAUGGUUGAGGGUGUUCGCUUCUGGGUGAGAGAUGAUGCUGUGAACGAGGAGCGAAGUGCUAUUGACUUGAAGGUCCUGAAGCCUGUGAGUCGGCUUGGCGGUAUCACUUACGGUCGCACUACGGAAGUUUUUGAGCUUCCUCGCCUGCAGAGCUAG